AUGUUAAAACUUAUGCAAACUUUGUCUCGCGGCGAAAGUGUGAUCAGUGGCGGUGACAACGAGUCGUUUCGAACGGUGCCGUCGGUCUCGAACACCGCGCCGUCCGUCUCACAGCUCAGCAUUAAUAGUAACGUAGAGUACAUACAAAUGUCAGUGCGUGUAAAGCGGACGGGCGGUGGCUUCGGCCUCUAUAUCGCCGGUGGUUUGGAUCAAUUGCCCUAUAAAAGCGAUGACGAUGGAAUAUUCGUGUCGCGCAUCAUUAAAGGGGGCCCGUCAGACGUGGCCGGCCUUAGGGUUGGCGAUAAGAUUUUGUCGGUCAAUAACGUGGACUUUACCAAAAUCCAUCACUACAAAGCUGUCGAGAGGCUCAAAACCGCUGGAAUGGACGUUAUUAUCAUUAUCAUACGUGAAGUGCCGAUCAAACAAAACUUAACGCUUAAUGUCUCUGUCGAGCCGUCAAAGCGGUUGUCGCCUAACAAGUCGCCGCCGGUCUCAAUGAUCAAGUCGUCGUCCCAACAGAAGUCAGGUCCCGACAUCAGUUCGCCGACAAUCGGCGCCUCAACGCGUCACCCGAUGACCACCGCAUCUCAACCCCAAACGCCGGACUUUGAUUUAAAUCGACAGAUCAUUUACACGACACUCAUUCGCAAAGAGGGAAUAUUGGGAUUUAGAAUAGUGGGUGGUAUUGGCGGCACUCCCUAUAAGGAAGGCUCCGAAGGCAUUCACAUAUCCAACAUUGUUGAGGGCGGGGCCGCACAUCGCGACGGAAAGCUCGCUGUCGGCGAUCGCGUGCUUUCUAUUAACGGCGUCGAUGUGGACCAUCUCCGACACGAACAGGUGGUCGGUAUGUUGACGGGCGUCGACCGCUUCGUCAGACUCGUUGUCCAACGAGAGGGCUCCGACGGUUUGGGCGCGAAGUCACCCAAAACGUAUUAUAUGGCGCGUCCCUCCACCGGGCUCUACGCCUCCUCUUAUAUGGCAAACCGGCCCUCAUAUACCGGUUCGUACAGAUGGCCAACACCUGAAUCGGUGAGUAGUUUGGUGGACGCCAAGUCGGCGCCUCAAACGCCAACUGCUUUGGAGUUUACCAUGUUAUUUGUUACAACCGAGGAUAUGGUUUAUGGUUAUGGUAAUAAUAGCAAUGGAUGUCUGGGUUUGGGUCACAACAGUCCUAUACUAUCACCACAACUGAUCCCAGAAUUAUUGAAUGAUAUGAAUAAACUCUAUGGUUGGGUUGUGGUUCGUAUCACACUCUGGCCCUCACCGGUGAUGGCCGGGUGUAUGCCUGGGGUGGCAAUAAUUGUGGACAAAUUAGUUGUGGAGAUAAUCGUGAUUAUAUAUGCCGUUAAAAGAGUACAAUUUGGGGAAGAUAAAAAACAAAAAGUUGUGAAAGAAGUGAAAAGUUUGGCAAAACUGGACUCAAAUUUUGUGGUCAAAUAUUACAACUCAUGGCUUGAGUCCAAUCAUCUCUAUAUUCAGAUGGAAUUCUGUCCGCAAAGUCUUAAAUCUCUUCUCACAGACAAAGUCAUUGUCUUCGAGAGACAACCGGAAGACCAGAUGAAUGCCAUCGAGUAUUUCAUUUCAUGUGAAAUAUUUAAAGAGAUCUUAGAGUGCGUCCAAUAUCUUCAUGAAUUAGACCCACCGGUCAUUCAUCGGGAUCUCAAACCCGACAAUAUAUUAAUUGAUCCUAACUUUAUGUCCAAUCGUUUUGUUAAACUGUGUGACUUUGGUUUGGCCACCGAUCACGACAUUGAUGGACACAUUGCCAGCCGAUACGAGCACUCAGUUGUGGGCACAACAAGAUAUAUCGCACCCGAAGUAUAUACCCGUAAAUAUAACCAUAAAUCAGACAUUUAUAGUCUUCAUAUAAUUGGCGAACAGUUAUAUGGUAUCGAUCUUCAGGCUUCGGAAUCAUUUGAUGCUAAAGAAUCACCGGUCAGUACAUCAAUACUAUGUCUAUACCAGAUAUUAGUGGCAAUGAUGUCAACACCCAAUUGGCGACAAAGGCCUGAGUGUCGAGAAGUGUUGGCCAAACAUAACGAGUGGGGUAUCAAUAAAACCGUUGUCUCAAAUUAUGAAGAAUUUAAUUUAGUGUUAAAUACACUUAAAACUAAUGAUAAUUCAGUUUUCUAUGAGAUUUUGUUUCGUAAAACACAGUAAUAGAUUAUACAUUAUAAUCAUAUAAACUACAU